AUGAAUUGCCGAGUAUAUAGAUCAGAUCCGGACGCCGCAGUUGCUCCGCGGCGAUACGGACUCGACCCGUUCUACCCACCCGUGGGCACCUUAGCAUGUUGGGAAUCGAGGGGGGACUUACUUGACGUCACCACUCUUGUCGGUUGGGCGCUGUGCCGCCCUGCCUUUCGAUCGAUACGCAGUUGAGGAAGCCGAUCACGAACGCUACAGGUGUGGGAGCGAUCCUGGUCAGGGGAGGCUAAGACGGCGCCUUGCAUAUGGGUAGCAAGAGGGCGCUUAUGCCCCGACGGUGGGGCCUCAUGGGCAAGAGGGCCCAGCCCAAUAGGGAAAGCACACCCCCCCCCCCACUUUAAGUGCAUCUCUGUAUCGACUGAAUGACUCUAUCUAAGGGUGAUGUCGGUGGAACCGGUGAACCACGCGAGCUGGUUAGAUGCGUGGGACAGAGGACUCGUAGUGCUCCCUUUCUUGAUCCAGCCUUUUCUUCGCUUCGGUAGUUAAUCACCUAAAAAAAGGGUGGCAGGCUUCCAUACCCAUACCUUAACAGUGUCAGGCUGGCAGGCGGUGGACUCUUUUAUCAGGGAAGGGAAGAAGGGGCCUAAGCGCGGCAUCUGCCGUACACUUGAGUGAGAAAGGAAAGCGAGACCGUAGCUGUUUUUCCAGGCCUGUUCGGGCAUACGGCUCCCGCGGAAGAUCAAGUUAGUGAGCCGUGUGAUGGGAAACCUUCCCGCACGGUUGGGAGAGCACUGAAGACAAAUGAGAGGUUAACCACCACAUCAUUGCAAGGGGAGCUCGCUCGAUUCGCAGAUUGGUCCGACUCGUGAUUCACUUCUGACCCCGUGUUCGAUAGCCUGAGCGUAGUGAUGUUAAUUCUGGUUGCAUCCAUAAGUAGCUUGGUCCAUCUUUACUCCAUUUCAUAUAUGUCCGAGGAUCCGCACAGCCCUCGAUUUAUGUGUUAUUUAUCCAUUCCUACUUUUUUUAUGGCAAUGUUGGUGACUGGAGAUAACUUUCUUCAAUUAUUCCUGGGAAGGGAAGGAGUAGGUCUUGCUUCAUAUUUGUUAAUUCAUUUCUGGUUCACACGACUUCAGGCAGAUAAAGCAGCUACAAAAGCUAUGCCUGUCAAUCGAGUGGGUGAUUUUGGAUUAGCUCCUGGGAUUUCGGGUCGUUUUACUCUCUUUCAAACAGUAGACUCUUCAACCAUUCUUGCUUGUGCUAGUGCCCCCAGAAAUUCUAAGAAUUUCUCGCAAUAUGACACUGAAUGACAUAACUCUUAUUUGUAUUUUACUUCUUAUUGGUGCUGUUGUGAAAUCUGCACAGAUAGGAUCGCAUACUCGGUUACCCGAUGCAAUGGAGGGUCCCACUCCAGUAUCUGCUUUGAUUCAUGUGGCUACGAUAGUAACAUCUGGCGUCUUCAUGAUAGCAAGGUGCUCCCCUUUAUUUGAAUACCCACCUACGGCUUUGACUGUUAUAACUUCUGCAGGAGCUAUGACGUCAUUCCUUGCGACAACUACAGGAAUAAUACAGAACGAUCCAAAGAGGGUCAUAGCUUAUUCAACUUGCAGUCAAUUAGGCUAUAUGAUCUUUGUUUGCGGCAUCUCUAACGACUCGGUUGGCGUCUUUCACUUAAUGAAUCACGCGUUUUUCAAAGCAUUACUAUUCAUGCCUUGUCGGAUGAGCAAGAUAUGCGGAAUAUGGGGGGCUUGCCUCCUCAUUCCCUUUUACCUAUGCCAUGAUGCUCAUGGGCAGCUUAUCUCUAAUUCGAUCUCCCUUUCUAACUGGAUUUUAUUCCAAAGAUGUGAUCUUAGAGCCCGCUUACACUAAGUAUACCAUUAGCAGGAACUUUGCUUUCUGGUUGAGAAGUGUCUCUGUCCUUUUCACUUCUUAUUACUCUUUUCGUUUACUUUUUCUAACAUUUCUAGUACCAACUAAUUCGUUCGGGCGGGUACCCACUCUUUUUAUUUCCUUUUAUUUUAUUUUAUUUUUCUUUAUUUAUCUAAAAAAAGGAUUAUAA